AUGUCAUCAGGCUUCGUUUCCGCCGGAACAAACGAGAAACCCAUCGAGCGGGAUGAUGAGUGGCUUCGAGCGGAGCAGGAGCUCGAGGAAGAGCGGAGACGAAAGGCCGAAAUAGGGAAGCAAGAUGGGGGCAAAAGUCUCUUUGAGGUAUUGGAGCGCAAUAAAAUGGCCAAACAAGAAGCUUUUGAAGAGAAGUCCCGUCUCAGAAACCAAUUCCGUUCCCUCGAUGAAGACGAAGUCGAAUUCCUAGAUUCUGUUCUCGAGUCAACACGCGCCCAGGAGGCCGCUGUGAAGAAGGAGACAGCGGAGCAACUUGAGGCCUUCCGCCGACAACGCGAGGAGGCACAAAAAGCGCUACUAGAAUCAACAUCGCCGGAUAUGGUACCCGUGCAAAAAGAAGAUUGGGCCGCACUAGCUCGCAAGAGACGACGUGAUAAACAAAGAGACUCAUUGAUUCCAGGGAAGAAGCGCAAGGCUUCAACUACCGAGAACGCCGCUGGGAAGGACACAAACAACGGGAAAGACUCGCAGAAACAGGCUGGAAUUGGCAGUUCAAAUACCAAGAAGCUGGAAGAAGACAGUUCAAAAUCCAAGACAGCCGCACCUACAACUUCCACUACGGCUUCUGAAACGCCCAAGGUGGUGACAGAUACAGAGAAGGGACAACUAAAGACAAUCUCGACGAAGGCAACCCCUGUUUCGCUUGGCUUGGGGGGAUACAGCUCGGACUCGGAAUGA